AUGGCCCCCCAAAAAGGAGAUCUCGAGUUCAGCCUUGACUUUGUCAACGAGGUCAAGCAAGAUGUCGAUGAAGCAAUUGGGAAACUCUCUGAGCGUCUCCGAGACGUAUUCUCUCACAUCCAUAACAACCCCGAGCUGGCUAUGAAGGAGCACAUCGCUCACGAUACCAUCUGCGACUACAUGGAAAGCCAAGGGUUUCAGGUAACACGCCAUGCGUACGGUGUCGAGACGUCCUUCGAGGUCGUCAGUAGCGGCAGCGGGAAGGGCGGGAGGCUGAUCAGCAUCAACGCGGAAUACGAUGCUCUUCCCCAUGUUGGGCAUGCGUGCGGACACAGCCUGAUCGCGGUUGCGGGCGUCGCAGCCUUCUUUGGCUUGCACUACACGCUCCAGAAACGCGGCCUCCCCGGACGCGUGCAGCUGCUUGGGACGCCGGCCGAGGAGAACCUUGGCGGGAAGGCGGUGCUGCUGAAGGGAGGCGCCUACAAUGGCGUGGAUGCGGUCCUCAUGACGCACCCCUGGCCGGCCAGCAUGCUUCCGGACGGUCACCCGGACCACACGGCGGUCGGCGGCACGCGCUUCCUCUCGGAUCGAAGAAUGCGCGUCGAGUUCUUCGGCAAGGCGACCCACGCGGCCGUGACCCCUUGGGAGGGCGUGAACGCCUACGACGCCGCCGUCGCCGCACACACCAACAUCGGCCUUCUGCGCCAGCAGAUCCUCCCCUACGAGCGAAUCCACGGCUGCCUGCAGGAAGCUCCCCAAUAUGCCAACGUCAUCGGCGAGUACGCCCAGGUGUACUACGUGGCGAGGAGCCGGACCAAGAAGUCCGCCGACCUGCUGGCUAGCCGUGUGAGAGCCUGUUUUGAGGCGGCGGCCCUGUCAACGGGAUGCCAGAUCAAAAUCACAGAGGUACAGGAAUACAACGACUUUGUCGAGUCCAAGGUGUUCUGCAAUCGCUUCGCGCAGAUUGCGAAUGGCCUUGGUACCAAGGCACUCGCCUGGGAUGAUCGGGAUGGGAAAGGCUCCUCAGAUAUCGGAAACGUCUCCUACCACGCACCAGCCCUACACACCAAUUUCGUCAUCGACACGCCUGACAGCGUAAGCGUACAUACACACGAUUUCACUGCUGCAGUGGGCACCGACGAUGCCUUCGACAAGUCUCAGCAGGCGGGCGGUCUGUUGGCACUCUUGGGCUUGGAGCUGUUGACCAAUGAUGCCCUCUUUAAAAGAGUGAGGGGGGAUUGGGAAGAAUCUCUGAAGAAACAUCUAUCUGGCUUGAUCUGA